AGUACACAGCACCUCUGCACAACCUCGGUGCGUGUGAUCUACUUAAUAUACGACACGCCGAGAUUUUCAUUGCUUUUACCUCCACAUAAAUAAUUCCCCGAUCACAGCGCCUCCCAAGUGCGAGGUCCAACAACCAUGCCUCGCAAGCAGACGCAACUGCGCGGUCCGAAGGACCGGGACCGAGACCAGUCCUCCAAGAAACCAGCCCAGAAGAAGACGUCCUCAAAGAUGCUUAAUGCUUUCUCUAUCGCCGAAAGUCAAUAUCCCACGAAAGUCAAGAUGCGACGGAGUCGCUUUGGCGAGGAAGAUGAUCAGUUCAAACGCAAGCGGAACAUCGGUCGCGACCCCGAAGAUUCGGACACGCCGGAUAACAAGCGCCGUCGAACCGGCGAUGACGAUUCGGAGAUGGGAUCUAAUUUUGGCAGCGACGGUGAAGGAAACAGGUGGAGACUGGGAGAGGUUGACAGCGACGAUGAUGAGGAUAUCGACAGUGACGAAGCUUUGGGCUCUAGUGACGAGGAGCGAUUCGAGAGCUUCACUUUUCGUGGCAGUUCCAAGCCGAAACAGAAAUUACCCGAGAAGAAGAAGCGCACUCGUGAGAUUACCCUCUCUGAAGAUGUGGAUGAGUCCGAGGAAGACGACGACGACGAGCUAGACGAAGAUGAUGAUCUCGGAGAGGACGCAGUUGAUUUGGCUACUGCUUGGGACAUGAACACGGCCAUGGAGGCAGAGGAGGAAGCGGAGGCCAAGAAGGCGAAGAAGAAGUCGAAGCAGGCGGCAGAAAGCGACGAUUCGGAAGAAUACGCCAGCGGAACCGAAGAAAGCGACUCCGAUGAUGAAAGCGAUCUAUCCUUCUCCGAAGACGAGGAUGACGGCGACCAACAGCAUGGCCUCGCGAAACUACAGAGCUUUGUCGACUCAAUGAAUACCCAAACUGCCUCCAAACCGAACCGAAAGACAGGUGGCGGUCAAGAACAUGGGACCCCUACAGAAUUUGGCUUGGCUUCUACGCGUAAACUAACCGUUGCCGACCUGCUCCCUUCCAUCACGGACUCUCGACUCAAAAGCUCGCUGAAGCACGUCGACUCCGAAGCAUCUGCCCCGAAGAAGUCCUCCGGAAUCCCUGGCAAAUUGGAUGCUCCCCUUGCAAAGCGUCAACAAGAUCGCCUCGACCGCGCAGCCGCAUAUGAUAAGAGCAAGGAAACACUUGACCGAUGGCUUGAGACCGUCAAGGCUAAUCGCCGGGCCGAGCAUCUUAUGUUCCCCUUGCCCGACCCCGAUGCGAAUCAGGUGCAUCGUAUGAGCGCCCCCAAACCCCGGACGGACCUCGAAAGCACAAUCCAGAAUAUUCUUGUCGAGAGCGGACUUGCAGAGACGAACGGAAAGUCGGCCGAAGACCAGAUGCAGGAACUGGAAGAAUCACAGGAACGUAGGCUACCUAUCGAGGAGAUUCAGGCCCGCAGAGCCGAACUACGGAAGAGACGUGAUCUUUUAUUCCGGGAAGAAGUACGAGCGAAACGAAUCAAGAAGAUCAAGAGCAAGUCUUAUCGUCGUGUGCACCGAAAGGAGCGCGAGAAAAUGGAACUUCAGGAGAGACAGGCUUUGCUGGAAGCCGGCGUUGAUCUCGACGAAAUGGAGAGAGAAAAGAACGAGCGAUUAAGAGCGGAGGCGAGAAUGGGUUCCAAGCAUAAGGAAAGCAAGUGGGCGAAGAGCUUGAAGCAAACUGGCCGCACGGCUUGGGACGAAGACGCUCGACGUGGUACACAGGAUCAAGCCUUGCGCGAAGAGGAACUACGCAAGAGAAUUGAAGGCAAGCGGGUCACAAAUGGUGAUGAAGAUUAUCUCGGUUCUUCCAGCUCCGAGUCGGAGGACGAGGAUCCCUGGGACGAGGAGGCUGCCUCGGAUGCGGAGAAGCGCAAGAUUCGCCAGAAACUCAGCAAACUUGAAGGCGACGACGAUGAUGAGGAGUACAAGGGCCCUCACGCGAACUUGAUGAAUAUGAAGUUCAUGCAGAACGCACAGGCUGCACGCAAAGCAGAAAACGAUGCAGAGAUCCGGCGUCUCAAUCGUGAAUUACAUGGUGAAGAAUCUCAGUCGGAGGCAGAAUCUGAGGUCGGACGACGUAAGUUUGGCAAGUCUGAAACGGAGGCGUCCGCCAAACAAAACAAGACCCAAGCAGCCCCUCGCAAUGAGUUCGAGGAAGCUCCGGGAUCUGACGAUGAGCCUGAUGUGCACGAGGUGGAUCAGGACGUCAAGAUCGUCCUGGAUCGUCCGCAGAAGAAAGAACCAGCCCCGAGCAAAAACAAAAGCAAUGCUCGGCCUUCGAGCCAAUUUGCAGAGCGAGGGGAAUCCCCCGUCGAGGAAAACCCAUGGUUGGUGCAGACUACCAGGAACAAUCGCCGAGUGACAGCCGACGACUCUCAGCAGACUGUCGACAUAACGCUUGAAGAUGCCAAACCAAGUAAUGCUGGUGCCAAGGGUGUUUCUAAAGUUCAAAAGAAGCCAGCUGCGACAAGCAAGAAGCUCGAUGCAGAAGACUACGACAGCGACGAAGACGAUGUACCAGUACUUCUCAAGAACCACGACCUCGUGAAGAGAGCGUUUGCGGGCGACGAGGUUGUGCAGGACUUCGAGCAAGAGAAGCUUGACACCAUCAGAGACGAGGAUGACCAGGUGAUUGACAACACUCUACCUGGCUGGGGCAGCUGGGCUGGUGAUGGCAUUAGUAAGAAACAACAAAAGCGCCAAAAGCGUUUCUUGACCAAGGUGGAGGGUGUGAAGCCUGAAGACCGGAAAGAUGCUAAGCUAUCCCGAGUCAUCAUCAAUGAGAAACGGAUUAAGAAGAACAACAAGUAUAUGGCUACUCAGCUUCCUCACCCAUUCGAGAACAGACAGCAAUAUGAACGGUCUCUCCGUCUGCCUAUGGGACCUGAAUGGUCUACCAAGGAAACUUUCCAGAGUGCAACCAAGCCGCGCGUGAUGAUCAAACAGGGUGUCAUCAAGCCGAUGCAGAAGCCUAUGGCCUAAAUGCAUUUCAAUACUUUGGCUGCCGGUCAGUGGCUUUUACGGGAUAUUGGCGGGGGUUUUCUCAUUUUGUCGGGUUGGGCAGGGGUUGUACCGUCCUGUCCAUGUUGUACAUUGUCUUCAUGAUUGAGUGUAGUGUGGAAUUGGGUCAUGAUACCAAG